AUGGCAUCACUUGAAGCAACCGGCGAAUUCCGCAUCUCCAACCCCGAGGGGUCAACACCAGAACAGAUCGUCAAAGAUGCGCCCCAGCUUCAAGGCUUCGCCGAGAAACAUCCCGAUUUGCCCAUAUACACACCCUCGUCAGAAUCCUACGUGAUCGUGAGACCGUUUUACAACGGUGCAGCGACAAAGCAGCCUCUGGCGAUCCUCAGACCAAGAACAGACGCCGAGGUCGCUGCCGUGGUUCAAGAAGCAAAGGCGCAGAACCUGCCCUUCGGUAUCAGAGCUGGUGGACACGACCUAAGCUUCACCCAAAACCAAGGGAAAGAUGGCAUCAUGAUCGAUCUCCGCGCCCUUGACAGCGCUGUCGUCGCUGAGGACAGGAAGUCGGUCCAUGUCGGCGGCGGUAUCAUAGGCCUCGCCCUGUCAAAAUUCCUUCAUGAACACAAACUCCUGACGCCUCACGGGUGGUGCUCGGGCGUUGGAAUCGCGGGCUGGGCUACGGGUGGAGGUUACGGGUACUCCAGCGCCUUCUAUGGCCUCGGUGUAGACCAGAUCCUGGGAGCCCGAUUGGUGCUCGCGAGCGGCGAAGUGGUCGACACUGACCAGCACCCUGACGGAAAGGAGUUGCUUUGGGCGCUUCGCGGUGCCGGCAAUGGCAACUUCGGUAUCGUGGUCGAGCUUCGACUCAAGGUGUAUCCUGAGACGGCCUGCUUGGGUGGUCUCGUAGGAUUCCCGAACUCUGAGACCGGCCAGGUCUUGAACAAAUUUAGCGAGAUGGAGAAAGAUUUGCCUAUCAAUACCGCGGCAGAGAUCACUCACAUGGCGAUGCCUGGCGUCGGGCCCGUCCUGAGUUUCUUCCUCGUAUGGACGCCUACUGAUGGUAACCUGGACGAGGGCUGGGAGUUUCAUCGUAAGAUCAAGUCUCUCGGAACGGUACUCUUAGACACCGUAGCAGAAACUACCGAUUACGGAUUCUUCAGCUCCUUUCCCAACCCGUCAGGCACUCAUUAUUACCCUCGAGUGUGUACUAUUGAGUACAUGACACCAGAAAUCAACAACAUCAUCGCCGCCAACCCUCCUCCCGGUCCGUGGUGUGCGAACGUCAUUCACAGCGCUCACGGCAGGGUCCUAGAGCCGAACCCGGAGGCGUGCUACCCGCUGCGGAAGCGCCACCGUAUCUUCAACCCGAAUGCCGGCGUUCAGGAUGCUCAGGGUGAAACCACGGAAUUCGAAGGCUACAAAGAGUGGAAUGACGGUCUUAUAGCCAAGUUGAAGGAGAAGGGUCUGACCCUGCCCUACGGCUACCGCAACUUGUCUCCUGAAUCGGAUAUAGAUUGGGUGGCUACUUACGGAGAGGAGACGCUGGAGAGGUUGAAGGGGGUUAAGAACAAGUUCGACCCUGAGAACGUCUUCAGGACGGGAUAUCCGCGGUUGGACCUGUUGUGA